GUACUUGGAACUGGAUUGAAACCAGCUCGGGAUCACCCUGGUUAAUCACUAGAUUCUUUACGUGAACCCCGGUUCGGUUCAGAUGGGUUAUUCAAGUUGAACGUGGAACGCUCUGUUUGCUUUAUGGACAGCUCGCUCGCUAUCCUCGUCUAGUUCUUUCCAGUUUCCACAGUCGCCGAGUGAAGGCUGCUCGAUACGUAUCUCCUAAACCAUGCGAAUAAACUGAGAUGCAAACUUUGUUCUUCCCUCAAUCGUUUCUGUCUGAAAUCUAAGUAUCGUAUCCUUUUCUUUCUUUCUACAUAGCAGAAAGCUUUUCCUUGUCAUUUAUUUUGCUUUCCCCAAUUUCAUGACUUUCUGCCUAUCAAUGGAUGUUACGUAAUCCACAGCUGUUCGGUUUUCUACUCCGCUAGCCGAAGGUCGCCGAUGUCUUCAUCGUCAGGCAGCCCUUCUUCUGCUAUUGAGACAUCCGAAAGAGAAGUAGACGUCGAAGCCGUCCGUCGAGAUAGAAUCCUCUCGAGCAAGCUCUAUUUCGACGUGCCUCGGUCUAAGGCUCCAAUUAUCUACUCGUCCUCAUACGACAUUGCCUUUCUUGGCAUAGAAAAGCUGCACCCAUUUGAUUCUUCUAAAUGGGGUCGCAUAUGCCAGUUUCUCACUGAAGAUAAAGUCCUGGAGAAGAAGCAAAUAGUUGAACCUCUGGAAGCCACCAAAGAUGAUCUCCUAGUGGUACAUUCGGAGUCAUACUUGGCUAGUUUAAAAAGCAGCUUAAAUGUCUCUAUGAUUGUUGAGGUUCCACCGGUUGCACUUCUACCUAAUUGCCUCGUGCAGAAGAAAGUCCUUCAGCCUUUCCGCAAUCAGGUAGGAGGAACUGUUUUGUCUGCUAAGCUUGCAAAAGAACGUGGAUGGGCAAUCAAUGUGGGUGGUGGGUUUCAUCAUUGCUCUGCACAGAAGGGGGGUGGUUUUUGUGCUUAUGCAGACAUCACUAUUUGCAUUCAGUUUGCCUUUGUCUCUUUAAAUAUAUCAAGAGUGAUCAUUAUUGAUCUGGAUGCUCAUCAAGGAAAUGGUCAUGAAAUUGAUUUUGCAAAUGACGGAAGGGUCUAUAUUCUUGACAUAUAUAACCCUGGAAUUUAUCCAAUGGAUUUCGGAGCCAGGAGAUACAUUGAUCAGAAGGUUGAAGUUCAGAGUGGGACUGAGACAGAAGCCUACUUGACUAAAUUAGAUGAAGCACUUAAGAUUGCUCAGCAUAGAUUUGACCCCGAGUUAAUUGUGUACAAUGCUGGUACUGAUAUAUUGGAAGGCGAUCCUCUUGGAAGAUUGAAGAUUAGUCCCGAAGGAAUAGCUGCGAGGGAUGAAAGAGUGUUCAGAUUUGCUCGAGGGAGAAAUAUCCCUCUUUUGAUGCUGACAUCAGGCGGUUAUAUGAAGUCCACUGCUAGAGUUAUUGCCGAUUCAAUCAUAAACCUGUCCAGGAAGUCCUUGAUAGACAUAGGGGCUUGUGUGUUAUAGGAGAAGAUAGACCCUUCGCGCCCACUUGUACGUCGUUGUGCAUAGUUUCAGUGUCAAACUGUCAAUAAUACGAAGUACUAACCAUGAUGAUGUAUUGAUGCCUAAACAAAGCAACCAAGUUAAUAAGCAUUUAGUUGUACGGUUAUGUAUAUGGAGUGUUUGCGUUCUUGUAAGAGAUUUUUUAAAAGUAGAAGAUAUAGAUUUGGCAAAAAGGUAUUUUAGGUGUACUAGUCGGGCAAAAGUUGAUGAUAAAGUGAAUAACAGUUUUAAACCAAAGUUUUGUAAAGCAAAUAGGGG